GUUUCGCUUGUCCCGAGCGUGUGAAAAACACAAACGAUUUCACUUGAAAUCUACAUUCAAAGAAAGGAAGCUGACAAAGAGAAAAUCCAAUUAUCCCAAUUUCCCAUAAAACGUUGUCUCUUCCACUCAGAUCCAUUAACUGCCAUUUUCUUUUUCAAUCCCAGUGAAUGUCGAAGAAGUAUAUUGCCGGGGAGAGAGACUGAUCGGGAACUAAAAAACGACUCGUCGUUUCUACGCUCCGAUAGGGAGAGAUCUGGAUUUACAACAAUGGAGAAUCCUCAAGGUGGAUCCGAUAGAGACAACAAGUACAGCUCCUCGGCUUCUCCCGCCUCGGUCGUCUCCAAUUUCUGGAAAGAGUUUGAUCUGGAGAAGGAAAGAAAUGUAUUGGACGAACAAGGAGUUAAAAUUGCUGACAAUCAAGAAAACAGCCAGAAAAACCGGCGGAAGCUUGCAGAAAGUACUAAAGAGUUUAGAAAAGCUUCACCAGAGGACAAGUUGACUUUGUUUAAUUCUUUACUAAAGGGAUUCCAAGAAGAAGUUGAUAAUCUCACAAAGAGAGCAAAGUUUGCAGAAAAUGCUUUUCUUAACAUCUACCAAAAAAUUUAUGAGGCUCCCGAUCCAUAUCCAGCUCUUGCUUCAAUUUCGGAGCAAGAUCAGAAAUUGUCUGAACUAGAAUUGGAGAAUAGGAAAAUGAAAGUUGAGCUUGAGGAAUUCCGGACAGAAGCAGCUCAUUUGAAGAAUCAGCAGGCAACAAUAAGAAGACUUGAGGAGCGCAACCGCCAAUUGGAGCAACAGACGGAAGAAAAAGUGAAAGAGAUAGUGGAGAUCAAGCAAAGAAGUUUGGCAGAGGAGAACCAGAAAACACUUGAGGUCCUAAAAGAAAGAGAACAAUUGUUGCAAGAUCAAUUACGACAAGCAAAGGACAGUGUUUCCAAUAUGCAAAAACUACAUGAGCUUGCGCAAACCCAAUUAUUUGAGCUUCGUGCCCAGUCAGAGGAAGAAAGGGCAGCAAAGCAAUCAGAGGUCAAUCUUUUAAUGGACGAAGUUGAACGAGCUCAGACACGCCUUCUUAGCCUGGAGAGGGAGAAGGGGCUUCUACGCACCCAGUUACAGUCAGCAAAUGAAGAGACAGAUGAGAAAAGUGACGAUAUAGAUUCAAAUACCAUCCUUGAGAAUUCUUUGAUAGCGAAAGAGAAGAUCAUUUCUGAACUCAACAUGGAACUCCACAAUAUUGAAACAACCUUAUCAAGUGAGCGAGAAGAACAUAUUAAUGAGAUCAAGAAGUUGAAUUCCCUGCUCCACGAAAAGGAAAUAGCCCUUGAGGAGAUGAAGAAAGAGCUUCAGGCAAGGCCAACAGAGAAAUUGGUUGAUGAUUUGCGUAAAAAGGUCAAAAUUUUGCAGGCAGUGGGUUAUAACUCAAUUGAGGCAGAAGAUUGGGAAGUAGCUACAAGUGGAGAAGAGAUGAGCAAAAUGGAGUCUCUUCUUCUUGAUAAGAACAGGAAAAUGGAACACGAACUUACACAGAUGAAGGUCAAACUUUCAGAGAAAGCAUCACUGCUUGAAACAGCUGAAGGCAAGAUAGCAGAACUGACAGCAAAGGUCAAUGAACAACAAAAGUUAAUACAGAAGUUGGAGGAUGAUAUAUUAAAGGGUUAUAACUCCAAAGAUCAAAAGAGCACUCUUUUUGAAGAUUGGGAUCUUUCAGAGGCAAGGGGCAGUGAGCUAUCUGAGAGCACAGAUCAAAAACACGUUCCAUCAGAUCAAGACCAAAGCUCCAUGCUUAAGGUUAUUUGUAAUCAGCGAGAUCGAUUUAGGGCACGGUUGCGAGAGACAGAGGAGGAAACAAGAAGGUUGAAGGAGAAGAUUGGGGAGCUGACAGCUGAACUGGAAAAGACAAAAGCUGAUAAUGUCAAACUUUAUGGAAAGAUUCGUUACGUUCAGGACUACAAUCUUGAGAAAGUAGUUUCUAGAGGAUCAAAGAAGCAUGUGGAGGAUCUUGAAAGUGGUUUCACCUCAGAUGUUGAAUCAAAGUACAAGAAGAUCUACGAGGAUGACAUAAAUCCAUUUGCAGCUUUCUCCAAAAAGGAAAGGGAUCAAAGGUACAAGGAGUUGGGUUUCAGGGAUAGAAUCACACUUAGCAGUGGACGGUUUCUUCUGGGAAACAAGUAUGCUAGAACUUUUGCAUUUUUCUACACCAUCGGGUUGCACGUACUAGUUUUCACCUGCCUCUACAGAAUGUCGGCUUUGAGCUACCUAGGCAACGGUGCGGAGGAUGUUGGAGACAAACACUUGAACCUCCCACAUGCCCUCUAGGAUUGAUGCAAAACAUAUAAGUUUCCUAUACAGUGUAAAUAUGACAAAAGAUCAUCUCUGUGGUUCUCUGUCAAACUCGGACUGCUCAAUGCAUAUAGUGGCCAUACUAAACUUAAAUCGUGUUGAAGCUUUAAUGCAUGUCCAGGCGUUGCAAAAGAACUCUUGGGAAUUCAAAUUUAGUGUAAUUCGUUUGGAUCAUUCAGUCGAUUCAAUGUCUAUGCUUUUGAUGCAUUAACUAGCAUUUUGAUCAAAUCAUAAAAACAUGCCCUUUUUGUUUCUAUCAUGGCUAGAGAAGAAUACGACCAAAUUUGAAGUCUUUUUUUAUUUUACUUUGGACUGGCCAA